AUGAGGCAGAUGGCACUCGCUAUGAUGAAAAGGCCACUAGAUACUUUACCAAGCAAUACUGAGUUGAAUCCCAAAGAGCAUGUUCAAGCGAUCACAACUCGAAGUGGGAUGCAACUACCUGAAAGACACAUUAAGAGGUCGAGUGUAAACAAUGAAACAACACCAUCUACAAAAGAAGAGAUUAGGUUAAGGAAGCACAUGAUGGAGCAGCAAUAUAAGAAGUUCCUUGAAAUCUUAAAAAAGCUCCACAUCAACAUCCCGUUCGCCGAUGCACUAAUCCAGAUGCCUAGCUAUGCCAAUUUUCUGAAGGACAUCUUAACAAAUAAACUCCAGCUAGAGGAACAUGAAACGGUGAUGUUAACCAAAGAGAGUAGCGCCAGGAUCCAGAAAAAGCUCCCACCAAAACUGAAAUAUCCAAGGAGUUUUACCGUCCCUUGCACAAUUGGUGAUUUUUAUUUUAAUAAAGCAUUGUGUGAUCUUGGUGCGAGUGUUAACUUGAUGCUACUCUCUAUUUUUAGGAAACUAGGAUUGGGGGAGCCUAAAGCAACUACAGUAACUCUACAGGUGGCUGAUCGAUCACUUACACAUCCACGAGGGAUUAUCGAAGAUGUAUUGGUCAAAGUGGAUAAACUUAUAUUCCUAGUAGACUUCUUAAUUCUGGACAUGGAAGAAGACAAGGACGUGCCUAUCAUAUUGGGGCGACCAUUUUUAGCAACUGCAAGAGCUCUCAUAGAUGUGCAACAAGGACAAUUGACUCUGAAACUGGGGGAGGAGCAGGCCUCUUUUAAUGUUUUCAAAUCAAUGAAAUAUCCCACCAAGCCAAACACCUGUUUCUAG